UUUUGCAUGGCGGACGUGCAAUAGGUUUCUGUUAUUUUGUUAGUGAUAAUCAUAAUUGUAUUUUCGAGAUUCCUUAUGGAAAGGCAAAUUUUUAUACGCGUAUUUCUUUGUGGUCGUGCUUUAUUCAUUCCUUAACGUUAGAUGAUGUUAAAUUGUUAGUUAUUAUUUGUUUUGUGAGAACUGCAUUGGAUUUCCUCAAAAAUGGGAAAAUGUGACGAAGCUAAUGUUGAAGUUAGUAUGGGGGACUCGGCGUCCCCCAUGAAACCUGAUAAUUUUACAUUCACAGUGCCCCCUGAGGCUCCUGUUUUCGAACCCACCCCAGAGGAGUUCCUCGACCCAUUAGCUUACAUCAGUAAAAUUAGACCAAUUGCUGAGAAGUCAGGCAUUUGUAAAAUAAAACCCCCUGCACAUUGGCAACCACCAUUUGCAGUAGAUGUGGAUAGGCUUAGAUUUACGCCAAGGAUUCAGCGCUUAAAUGAAUUAGAGGCAAUAACCCGUGUGAAACUCAAUUUUCUGGAUCAAAUUAUCAAGUUCUGGGAAUUGCAAGGUUCAGUCCUGAAAAUACCAACUGUGGAAAGAAAACCCCUGGAUUUAUAUGCCCUGCAUAAGAUUGUGAAGGAAGCUGGUGGGUUUGAAAUAUGUUCAGCGGAACGGAAAUGGUCAAAGAUAGCACAUCGUAUGGGUUUCCCACAAGGAAAAGGUAUUGGGUCUAUACUCAAGAACCACUAUGAAAGAAUGCUUUAUCCCUAUGAUGUGUUCAAGAACAAUGGAGCUGUUGGGGAGAGUAAAGAGACUAAAAUUGAGGUAAAAACCGAACAAACACCGGAGAAGGCAAAUGUCCGGAGUCGCUCAGCAAGCAAGGGCCCUGCGGCGACUCCGCCCCCCGGCCGCCGCUACAAGUCCUCAGAGCCUGAAGCAGCCGAGGGCAGCCACACGGAAGGCGCACUCCCAGGCAUGGAUGAUAAAAAGACACCCAUCAAGGAAGAGCCUACAGAGAAUAGGAGAAGUCCCCGAGAGAACAAAUGGAUGUCGAGCGGUGCAAGUUGCGGCGCGCGGGCUCGCGUACUCCGCGCUACUCGGCUGCGGGAACACCGGCUGAGCAACAUGACCGUGUCAGUGACGCCGGCGCCGCAACCACCCACCGCGUCUGACCCCUUAGACCCCCACGACCCGUUGGCGAAGUACAUGUGUCACGUGUGCGGGCGCGGUGAUAUCGAAGAACAGAUGCUGCUCUGUGACGGCUGUGACGACUCGUACCACACGUUCUGUCUGGUGCCGCCGCUGCACGACGUGCCCAAGGGCGACUGGCGGUGUCCCGUGUGUCUGGCUGAAGAGGUAUCAAAACCAGCUGAAGCGUUUGGCUUCGAGCAAGCGUCGCGGGAGUACACUCUGCAACAGUUUGGUGAAAUGGCUGACCAGUUCAAGUCGGAUUACUUUAAUAUGCCUGUACAUAUGGUUCCUACAUCGACUGUAGAAAGAGAGUUCUGGCGUGUGGUGUCCUCUAUAGAUGAAGAUGUUGCAGUGGAGUACGGAGCUGAUCUGCACUCUAUGGAUCAUGGUUCAGGUUUCCCGACGAAGUCGAGCGCGCACCUUUACCCCGGCGAGCAGCAGUAUGCAGACUCCAGUUGGAACCUGAACAACCUGCCAGUGCUGGAGGGGUCUGUGCUCGGUCACAUCAACGCGGAUAUAUCUGGCAUGAAGGUACCGUGGCUGUACGUGGGCAUGUGUUUCGCCACGUUCUGCUGGCACAAUGAAGACCACUGGAGCUACUCCAUCAACUAUCUGCAUUGGGGUGAACCGAAAACCUGGUACGGCGUGCCGAGCUCGAAGGCUGAGCAGUUCGAGGCGGCGAUGAAAGCCGAGGCUCCGGAGCUGUUCCACCUGCAGCCAGACCUGCUGCACCAGCUCGUCACCAUCAUGAACCCCAACAUCCUCAUGAGGGCGGGCGUCCCUGUCUAUCGAACGGAUCAGCACGCGGGUGAAUUUGUCAUCACAUUUCCGCGCGCGUACCACGCCGGGUUCAAUCAAGGAUACAAUUUCGCCGAGGCAGUCAACUUCACACCAGCUGAUUGGUUGAAAAUGGGCCGCGAAUGCAUCGCGCACUACUCGACACUGAGGCGCUACUGCGUUUUCUCACACGACGAGCUUGUGUGCAAGAUGGCCUUGGAGGCCGACUCUCUGAGUCUCACCGUGGCCCUGGCCGCAUACCGGGACAUGCGCACCAUGCUCCACGACGAGAGGAAGCUGCGCAAGGCUCUGUUGGAUUGGGGGGUGACAGAAGCAGAGCGCGAGGCGUUUGAGUUGCUUCCAGACGACGAGCGACAGUGUCACCUCUGUAAGACCACCUGCUUCCUGUCUUGUGUGACCUGCGCGUGCACAACACACGUGGCCUGCCUGCGACACUUUCACCAACUCUGCGCCUGUCCACCCACUGGGCAUAAGCUCAGAUACCGAUACACAUUGGAUGAGCUGCCUGCAAUGUUGGACAAGUUGAAGCGCAAGUCGGAGCAGUUUCGCGAGUGGGCGGAGGCCGUGCAGAACGCUCUCGACCCGGACACGCCCAAGACAUGCGACCUAGACGGACUGAGGGUGCAUCUCAAACGAGCUCACGAUCUCAAAAUGCACAAAACCGAGCUCGUUCGUGCGCUGGAGACAGCUAUCGAGGAUGCAGAGAAGUGCGCCUCCGUGAUACAACAGCUGGAUUUGAACAAGAUGAGGACCCGCACCAGGCACCAGGACCCCAAGUACAAGCUCACCAUACACGAGCUGACCCUGUUCGCCGCGGAGAUCGAUGGCCUCGCCUGCGUGUUGCCUGAAGGUUCAGCCGUGAAGGAAGUUCUAAGACAGACUGCUGAGUUUGAAGAUAGAGCGAGGGAAAUACUCAACACGGACCUAGACGAAUGUGACGCGGCUUCAGUUAAAGAACUAGAAGAGGUGGUAGAGCUCGGUUCUCGUCUCUGUAUAGUACUGCCUCAACUGCCAGCUCUACAAGCGCGCCUCUUGCAAGAGAAGUUCAUUGUUUCGUCUCGCGAACACCGCGACGACUACACAACGCUCACGCCAGAGACUAUCGACAAGUUGUUGGAGGAAGCAAAUAGUGUUGUGCCGCAUCGACGAGUCGAAACAGAACGGGCGACGCUAUAUAAGCUUAAGUUACAAUCGGAGGACUGGGAACGACGCGCUAAGGCGAUGCUGAUCGACACGAGCGUCAAGCGAGUUGUGGAGACGAGUGAGGAGGCUGAAGUCAACCACACGACGUUGGCGGAACUUGAGGCGCUCGUCAGCGAGGGUGAAGAGGCAGAGGUGGCGCUGCCGUCGUUGUCAGCGCUGCGGACCGCACUCUCACAUGCGGCUGAUUGGCUGAACAAGGUGGAAGAAAUGCAAUCGAAGGAGCUGUAUCCAUACAUGCACACUGUAGAGACGCUCGUAAAGCGCGGCGCUCAGAUACCCAUAUCCCUAUAUGAAAAAGAUCAGUUGGAAUCGGCGCUCGAGUCUGCUAAGGCAUGGAAGCGAGGCGCAGCUGAAAUGUUUCUUAAAAAGAAAUGGCCUUAUAGUUUAUUAGAGGCCCUAUCACCACGCACGGACUUCUCACCAAUAGGCACAGGUCGCGGGACCGGGAAAGGUCGUGGGAGCAGCGGACGCGAUGACGAGCCGCCGCUGUUGAAGCAAUUUAACGAAGACGCCACGCCCACCGAGAUCGUGGCCGCAUUCAAGCAAGCCGAGCAGCGCGAGCUCACCGCCAUCAGGGAGCUAAGAGCCCGGAAUAUCCACAAGGAAGUCCGCUCGACGCCCUCGGCCGGCCUCACCUUCUGCACGUGCCAGAAGCGGCAGUACGGACUCAUGACGCAGUGCGAGAUGUGCAAGGAUUGGUUCCAUGCGGCGUGUAUAACAGCGGCACACGACGAGGAGGACGAGAGGGCGGAGUCGCCAGAGAGGGUGGAGCUGCCGUUCCCCUGCGACGAGAGCAAGUUCCUCUGCUCAGACUGCACCAGGACCAAGCGUCCGCGUCUGCACCGUAUACUAGCCCUUCUGGUGUGGCUACAAAAAUUGCCAGUCCGUCUGGCGGAGGGCGAAGCACUGCAGUGUGUGACGGAGCGGGCCAUGUCGUGGCAGGACUCCGCGCGGGCCAUGUUGGCGAGCCCCGCGCUGGCCGCCUACCGCCGCGACUACGGAGAGCCGCCCAGAUCGUGUGCGAGCGAGGAGCACGCCUACAGUGCGUCCCCGCGCUCUCCCAGCACUCGCACCACGCCCACCAUUCUGCACAAGCUGGAGGAUAUCAUGCUGGAAGGAGACUUGCUUGAGGUGCGAUUAGAAGAACAAGCACAGAUCUGGAGCUGCGUGUGUGCGGUACGCGGUGGCGGUAGCGGAGGCGGGAGCGGGAGCGGCGCUGCGGCCGGACGAGACAGCGAGCCGGCGCGCGCCAGCGACACUACGGCCAGGAAGAGGACCCACCAGCCACGGCAGACCCUGCACCAGCACAAACGAACCAGGCAUCACCAACAUGCGUCUACAUCGGCAUCGAAAGGGCGCAUGAAACGCGGUGGCUCAACCAGCUCCAAUUACCUGAACCGCAAACAGGCACUGACCACCGGGUCAGGGCUGAUGAUGCGGAAACACUAUAUGGCGCGACAGGAGAGGAGGAAGCGGGGGAAACACCGACAUCCACGGAUGGCGGGCACGCGGGGCCGCGUGGCCACUCGCGGCGCGAGCGCACGACGCGCGGGCGAGACUCGCUCGCGUCGCAGCAGUAGCUCGUCCGCGUCGUCCAACGAGGACGAAGAGGACUGCGCCGCCGUCUGCUGUCUGCGGCCCACCGGUAAAGUAGACUGGGUUCAGUGCGAUGGCGGGUGCGACCAGUGGUUCCACAUGCACUGCGUGGGACUGAGCCGAGGAGCGCUGCGGGAAGACGACGACUACGUGUGCGGCUCGUGCGCGCGUAGCGACCCGCAAUGAGCGAUCCUUCGCCCAUUCAACAGAGUCUAUUUUUACUAACACGAUUACGAGCGAUCUCGGGAAGAGGUUUCUUUCAGAAAUAAGCUCUAUGUCCAUAUAGAUAGCAAAGUCUAUUUUUGGUUAACAGGAGAACAGGCCCACAUGAGGUACUUUCAAAGGUGUGCUCUAUAUUCAAGUAGAGCCUGUUUGUGAAUAAUAAAUUAAGGAUCACUAGGACGUAGGUUGGAUUUACUGAAUUGAAAUUUAUGCAAGUUGAUCGACGUUUCAUAAUAGAAAUUUAUGUAAAGUAUAUCUAAUAUGUAGCUUACCUUCCACAUGAGU